UAUUAAUUCCACUCAUAUUCACAAACAUGCUGUACACUGAAUAAUGGGACAUAGUAUGUGAGUGUUGUUUUGGAUUUUCUCUCUAAGGGACUGGCUUACUUCUUGGGAAAAAUACAGUAUUCACCCAAAUGCAUUUUGGUGCCAACAGAUUCUGGAAACUGCUUGAACAAACACUGAUAAAUUGAGAUCCGAGUUUGAACAUGCUGAUUAGUUUAUCACUUGCAUGUUAAAUACACAUGCAAGUGAUAAAAAAUGGGUCAGCAUGGGUCGGAUUGAAAUGGGUCGGCACGUGAUGUGGGACUAUAAAUCCCACAGUUGUUUGGGAUUUUCAUGUAGAAGACCAUCUUUGAUUCACCAGAACUAGGAACGUGUCAUUCAUCAUCAUGAAGUCGUCUGUUGUCUUCUGUGUUCUCCUGGGUGCUGUCCUGUCUGUCAGGACUGCAUCAGUUCCUCCUUCUGUAGACGCUGCCCCAGUGAAUAAUACAUUAACUGAGCUUUAUGACUACACUACUCAAACCAUGACCACACCCUACACUACACCCUACACUAUACUGGACACUACAGCCUACCCUGAACCAGACACUACAUCCUACAGUACACUGGACACUACACCCUACCCUACAGUCACAUCAACACCAUUCCCUUCUACACAAACUUCUCCCUCGCCGAGCCAGAUAAUGUGUCCUGAUGGAUGGGAGGUGUUCCAAGGCCGUUGCUACUACUUUGUGGAUGAGGGCAUGACCUGGCCGCAGGCUCAGUCGAACUGUGCCAUGCUUGAGUCCAUGCUGGCGUCAGUCGACAGUGUUCAGGAGUACGGUUUCCUCCAGCAGCUCACCAGCAAUACUGGAAACCAGGAUGCAUGGCUGGGCGGUUUCUACCUACAGGACCAGUGGUUAUGGCUGGAUGGUUCCUGGUUCUACAACAACAGCUUGAGCAUUGAGUCCCCAGACAGCAGCAACCCCUGUCUCAUGCUCAACAUUUACGAGGGAGGGUUCAAUUCCCCGUGCGACGCUGGUGGCUAUGUUUCCAUCUGUGAGAAGAGCUCCAAUGUCCCACUAACAAUGGUGUGUCCUGAAGGCUGGACGGGCUUCCAGGGCCGCUGUUACUUCUACAAUGGUGAUUCUCUGACCUGGUCUGAAGCUGAGACUAACUGUGUUGGUCUUCAGGCCAGCCUGGUCUCGGUCCACAGCCCUCAGCAGUACUUCUUCCUCUAUCAGCAAACCGCUGUUAAUGGAUUUUCUAAUGUCUGGCUGGGUGGAUUCUACCUUGAGGACCAGUGGAUGUGGCUGGAUGGUUCCUGGUUUUAUCAGGGAUUUUCUGAUCAGAUGUCUCAAGGCAGCACCAGCCCCUGCCUUUCAACAUAUGACACUAAUGGUUGGAGCAAUUAUGACUGUGAACAAAGCUUCCCUUCAUUUUGUGUGAAGAAUGAAGUUGUAUAAAGGAUGCACUUUAAAUCUGCUUUUCAUACAUGACAGACAGAGUAGUUGAAAAUUUCAAUCAAAUGUACAAAUUUAACAUAAAUGUAUUCUUGUGUGUGUUCUUAUUCUAUUGACAACGUAUCAAUCAAGCAAUUUUUAACCUUUUUUUUCACAUUUAUAUUCCAAGUUUCAACUUUACUUUACUUUUUCAUCAUAUCAU